AAAAAAAGGGGAAAAAACACAAGCAACAAGAUCAGAACAAUGGCUCAAGCUGUGGCAUCGAUGGCUGGACUACGUGGCUCCUCUCUAGCCGUCUUGGAAGGCAGUCUCCAGCUUAACGGCUCGAGCCGCUUGACCCCGGUUGGAAAUGGUCGGGUUGGUGUGGCUCGGUCUGGACUUGUGGUUAGAGCCCAACAAAGUCAAGGUGAAGGCGAAACCAGCCGUAGAGCCAUGUUGGGGCUCAUUGCCACCGGUCUGGCUUCGGGUUCUUUUGUUCAGGCUGUGCUUGCCGACGCUAAACCAAUCAAGCUCGGCCCACCUCCCGCACCUUCCGGCGGACUUCCCGGAACUCUAAACUCUGAUGAGGCAAGAGACCUCGAUUUGCCGUUGAAGAAUCGGUUCUUCAUCCAGCCAUUGACACCAACGGAGGCUACCGCUCGUGCAAAAGAAUCAGCGAAAGAAAUAGUGAAUGUCAAGGAGUUCAUUGGCAAAAAGGCAUGGCCUUAUGUCCAAAACGAUCUUCGGUUGAAGUCGGAGUACCUUCGUUAUGACCUCAAUACGAUCAUCGCUGCAAAGUCAAAGGACGAAAAGAAGCAACUCAAAGAGCUCACUGGGAAGCUAUUCCAAGACAUGGCCGAUUUGGAUUAUGCAGCAAAGAUCAAAAGCCCAGCUGAAGCAGAGAAAAGUUACGUUGCAGUUGUAUCUAGUCUUAAUGAUGUUAUAGCGAAGCUCGGUUGAAUUGAAGUUUGUGUUGUUAAUGUGAUGAAAAUACGUUGUUAUUUUUUCAAUUGACAAGAAACUCUUUUGGACUUCAUGUUUAGUGAAUCAAAACUAAUAAAUCUAA